AUGGAGAGAUCUGGGGUCAGAUCCCUUCUCUGCCCUGAAAAGCACUUGAUCACACCAAGAUCGGUGCAUCGCUGGCUGCAUUCCAUGACAGAAGAUCCUCCUACCACUCACCCACCUGCUGAUUAUAAAUAUAUAUGGAAGACUCACCAGUUCAACCUGAGUGCCACCCCAGGACAGUAUGUACCAUACUCAACCACUCGGAAGAAGAUAGAGGAGUGGGUUCCUCCUCCAUCAUCUAAGCUUUAA